CUGUUGCUGAGUCCCCAUCCGCACCAACCCUAGCCGCCAUGCACAUCUCCUUUGGCCAUCCGCACCAACCCUAAGCCGCCAUGGACAUCUCCUUUGGCCACAUCUCGGUCUACGGAGUUGUGAUGGGUGUCAAUUUGUCUUGCUCCUCAAUCUUAGCAGAUGAUGAAUUUGCCUGUCGUGAUUGGGAGCAAGGCAUGUCGGGUGGGGGAGCCAGGCCGAGGUUGCAACCAAGCACCUCACUUCAUCAGAACAACAGAGUCAACAGGGAGCAGAUCAACUCUGAAACUACCGAAAAGUUCCAAGUUUUCAGUUCCAAAUUUUAGCAUUGGAAGCCUCAAGGCUCACAUCGUACUAGAGAUCAUGCCGGUAGGCAAGUAGAGUGAAUGAAGGCAGAUGUUUUUAGCAAAAAGACUGAUUGAUACAUUAUCGAUUCCAUCUGGAUUAUGCCUAGGGCACUCUGGCCCCACAUUCUCCAUGAGCAAAUAGGCGAGGAAGCCUGAGUGAGAAUCCUCAUUGCCCUAGUGAAGAAACCUUUGCAGGAAACCUGGUAUUCCCUCUCGCCUAUCUGCUACGCCGACCCAUGUGCAAGGAAGAAGGUAAAAUUUCAUAUAAUCAAGUGUAGCAGCAGCAAGAUAAUGGCCGAUUUUGAUUUAUCAAAUACAUCAUGAAACAAGCCAGUUUCUUCUACCAACUAGAGGAGAAAUAAAUUUUUUGUCGCAGAGUUCUAAUACUCAUCUUGAUUCAGAAAACAAGCUUAUUGGACAGAAAUGUAGAAGGCCCUAGCCUGGCGAGGCUACAUCUUGUGACUUGCAUAAAAGAUUGAUUGAUACAUUAUCAAAUGCAUCUGGAUUUGCCCAGGGCACUCUGGCCCAUAGCCGACACUUUCACCACGAGCAAAGAGGAAGCACGAGCAAGAUGCCAUCCUCAUUGCCCUACUGAAGAAACCUUGGGAGGAAACACUCGUACGAUGCACCUGGCAUGCUCUCUCGCCUGUCUGCUACGCCGACCCAUGUGCAAGGAGGGAGCGAGGCCAUGUCGAGUGAAGGAGGUUGCAACGGGAACAACUUCGGUGACAUAAUAACUAGAUGAUUUGGGGCUGAGGAGAUGGUACGACAAUAGAUGAGGCUGAUGAGAUAUGGGUUCGGUCAUCGCUUUCUUGAGUGGAUUGCCAUCCUGCUGUCCUCGGCGAGCACUCGGGUCCUAUUGAACGGCAUGCCAGGACCUCCGAUUUGGCACAAAGAAGGGCUGCGGCAGGGCGACUCUCUGUCCCCGCAGCUAUUCGUUCUCGCGGUUGACACCCUCGGCCGGCUGAUUCAACGCGCCCACGACGCGGGCAUCCUCCUGCCGUUGCACCCGCGGAGGCCUAUUCCGGCGAUAUCACUAUACGCAGACGACGUCAUGCUAUUCUGCCAUGCCACGGAGAGCGACAUAACUGCGGUCAAGGAAAUCCUUGGCCUGUUCGGCGGAGCAUCCGGCCUCAAAGUUAACUACGCGAAGAGCUCGGCCACGGUCUUGCAUGGAGAGCCGGCUGCCACUGAGAUCAUCACCGGCCUGGGUUGUUCGACCGCUGCGCUCCCUGUCACCUACCUCGGCAUACCCCUGACGACGCGCCGCCCGACCGCCGGUCAGUUGCAACCCUUGGUCGAAAGGGUCGCCGGGCGCUUGCCCACCUGGAAAGCAUGGCUUAUGAACAGAGCCGGCAGGCUUGCCCUCGUCAAGUCGGUCCUCUGCGCGAUCCCGGUGCACCAGCUGCUUGCGUUUGCCCCCACGAAGAAAACUCUGCGGCAGCUCGAGAAGAUUCAACGGGGAUUCUUAUGGGCUGGGCGAGCCGUCGCCAACGGUGGUCACUGCCAUGUGAACUGGCGCCUCGUCUCCCGCCCCCUCGAGCUUGGGGCCUCGGGGUUCGUGAUCUCGAGCGCACCGGGCUCGCGCUCAGACUGCGGUGGCUUUGGCUCUCGCGAACUGAUGAUGGACGCGCCUGGCAAGGGCUGGAUCUUCAAUUCUCCUGCCAUGAGCGCUCCCUGUUCUUUGCCUCCACCGUCAUGGCCAUUGGGAACGGCAUGAAAGCCUUGUUCUGGGAGGACCGUUGGCUCAACGGGCGCUCCGUCGGCGAGCUCAUGCCCCUGCUCUACAACUGCGUCCCCAAACGACGGCGCAAGGUGAGAACGGUGGCCGAAGGCCUCAACGGCAACGCUUGGGCCCGUGACAUCCAGGGCGUUCUCGGCCUCCACGAGAUCGGUCAGUACCUGCAGCUCUGGCACCUCGCGCAGCAGGCCACACUCCGCGAUGCCCCCGAUCAACUGAUCUGGAAGUGGACCACGAGCGGCAUCUAUUCUGCGCAGACUUGCUACCUGGCCACCUUCCAAGGAUCCACGCACUCCUACUCCUGGAAGCUGAUCUGGAAGGCAUGGGCUCCCCAGAGGGUCAAGUUCUUCCAUUGGCUUGCUAACCUGGAUCGCUGCUGGACCGCCGACCGUCUAGCCCGCCAUGGCCUGCAGCAUCAUACGAGCUGUCUUCUGUGCGAUCAGGCACCUGAAACGAUGCGGCACCUCUUGCUUGACUGCCCCUUCUCGAGGCAGGUAUGGCACGAGACCCUGGCGUGGCUGCGCAUCCCAGCGCCGAUCCCUAAUUAGGAGCCCACCCUCAUGGACUGGUGGCAACACGCCAAGCACGACACGCCACGAGCACAACGCAAGGCCCUGCAAUCUGUAGCGCUCCUAGUACCGUGGCUCGUCUGGAAGCAUAGGAACAGCUGCGUUUUCGAUAACGCGACGCCUUCCCUCGGCACGCUCGUCGACCGGAUCAAGGAGGAAGCCGGCUCUUGGGCCAAGGCCGGAGCGGCAGGCCUUAGAGUAGUCCUUCCCCCUUCAUGGGACGUGCACUGAGCCUUGUAUCCCAUCCUCACUUUACUCGUCCUAGGAUGAUUGUAACUGACUUCCUUCCUGUUCAAUGAAAAGCAACGCAAGGUCUUUUGCGUUUUCUCGAAAAAAGGCUGAUGAGAUGGUACGGCACACACACUGCUGCCUGUGAGAUCCAGCACAGAUGGCUGAAGCCCCAUCUGCAGCCAUUUUUUCCUCCUAUUCAUUGAUAUAUGCAACUAGCUUAUUUUUGCCAUGAAACACUAGCUUAUUUACAUGCUUGUAAGUAAUCAAGCAGUUAUUCCUUGAAUUUCUGGCGCCUACACUCCUUUUACUGCCUGUAAGUGAUACAUGCUGCUCAUGUUUCAUUUUUAAAACUAGCAAGACUCGGUGCCAUUGGUGAUGGAAGAUAUUUUUAGCAGUUCUGUUCACUACCAUUGUAUUAUCAUCUACACCUUUUUUUGUGCCUACUACUUACUAGUGUAGAUGGGGGCGUGUCUAGGCGCUAGGCUGAUGAGGUUACAUUGUGUGACUUGCAGAAUAGAUUGAUUGUGCAUUACCGAUUGGCACUCUGGCCCAAAGCUGACGUGUUCUCUACGAGCAAAGAGCUGAGGAAUCCCAAGCGGGAUGCUAUCCUCGUUGCCUAGUGAAGAAACCCUGGGAGGAAACACUGUGACACACCUGCAUUCCCUCUCGCCUAUCUGCUAGCCCAACCCAUGUGCAAGAUAUACACCAAAAUUACGAUAUUGUGCGCAUAUACACCAGCAACAAUGGAACACUUGAGCUAUACAUGCAAUGCAUAUUAUAGGUACGAUCAGAAAUGGCAGUGAACAUGGAGGCUGAUGAGGUUACAUCUUGUGACUUGCAGAAAAGAUUGACUGUACAUUACCCAUUGCAUCUGGAUAUGCUCAGGGCACCCUGGCCCACAGCCGAUGCAUUCUCCACGUGCAAAGAGCCGAGGAAGCAUGUCUUCAUUGCCUUGGGAGGAACCCCCUGCUGUUCCCUCGCCUAUGUGCAAACUGUGAUGAUUCUAUACUACUCCCUCCGUCCCAAAAUACUUAUCGAAGAAAUGGAUAAAAUUGGAUAUAUCUAUAACUAAAAUACAUCUAGAUUCAUCCGUUUCUCCGACAAGUAUUUCCGGACGGAGGGAGUAUCAUUUUGGAUGAACUUGGAUAUGCAAAAAUAGAUGAUAUAAGCAGAGUGUUGUAACAGCAAGAUAGCAGCUGUUUUCGAUUUGUCAAAGCUGGAACAAGCCAGUUUCCCAAGACAAGUUGUAUGACAAACGUAGCAGAAACAAGACACGUUUGUAUGACAACAAAGAAUUUGAUGAAUCUACUUCGCACGAUGUUCUUUA